CGAUUGACAGUUGCACAUUCGAAAGUUGUUCUAUUUCCCUUCUGCCCUGUAAUCAAUCUUUUCCCUUUGCUUCUUCAUUCAUCAAUCUCCGCCAAACCCAAAAAUCAAAAACCCAUUUUAAUAUUCAUUCUCGAUUCAAUGGACAGUAAAGAAAGAAGUUGCAGAGAGGAAGUGAUUGAGCGUUCCAUUAGAUCUCCAUUUGUUAGUCUUGGUGGACAAACUUUUCUUUAGCCUUUUUCAAUUGUUGUUAUUUUAAAUCCUUCAAGUGGGGUUUCUCUCUUUAUUCUCAUCUUCCCUUCCCCUUUACCCUUCUCUUUGCCUGCCUUUCACCUUUGCUUCUCUUCCACGUCGGGUUUCCCCUAAAAAUAUCGAUCCAUUCCAUUUCAGUGUGCGAUUUCUUGGCUCUUUCAAAGAAACCCACAUGGGGUUUUGCAUUUGAGUUUGUUUUUUAGAGUUCGAUUUCGUUUUCAGUGGUGGAUUGUUACAGAUGCUCUGCGAAUGGGGAAAGGGGAAGAGCAAAAUCUGCCGUUGCAGCAGCGUCGUCAGGUGGCUCCAAGUGGGGAUUCUUCUGGGUUUCUUUGUGGUCAAUGUUCUAUCGCUUUUCAUAGAGUUUUUAAUGAGUUCAAUUUCAAGUGUUUUUUCGUUUUGAUUUUGGGGUUUGUGGUGUUUGUCCCUGGAUUCUUUUGGCUUCUUCCUCUUCAUGAAAGAAAUUCAGGGUUUGAGGCCAAAGACACCAUUAAACUCUGUGCUACAGCUCAGGUAUAUUUUGUUCUUCAAAAGCCCGUGAACGAGCUUCUCCCUCACAUCAAGAGAUUAGAGUUUGAUAUCAAUGGUGAAUUAGACAUUCCAAAUUUGAAGGUUUCCAUUCUAUCCAUGCAUGAUUUAGGUGAGUCGAACAGGACUUAUGUGGUUUUCGGUCUUCUUUCUGAAUACAUAACUACUCCAAUAAAUCCAGUGUCCUUAAGUCUGCUGAGAUCGUCUUUAUAUGACCUUUUCCUUUCCGAAUCCAACCUUACUUUGACGACAUCGAUUUUUGGACAGCCAUCGACAUUCCAAAUUCUCAAGUUUCCAGGGGGAAUUUCUAUAAUUCCAUUUCAACAUGCUUCGAUUUGGGAGUUUCCCCAGAUCGUUUUUAACUUCACUCUUACUAACUCCAUUUCCGAAAUACUUGACAACUUUGCCAAGUUCAAGAGCCAGCUAAUGUUUGGAUUGCGUCUGAGGCCUUAUGAGAAUGUGUAUUUGCAAAUAACAAACAAGAUUGGCUCAACGAUGCAGCCACUCGUAAUUGUUCAGGCUUCCAUUACGUCAGAAUUGGGACGCAUAUCGUCACAGAGAUUACAGCAGUUGGCUGCAAUCAUCAACACGUCUCCUCAAGGAAAUCUUGGCCUUGAUUAUACUGUUUUUGGAGAAGUCAAGAGUGUCAGUUUGUCUUCUUAUCCGAAGAGACCCUCCAAGGCAAUGCCACCGAGUUUUUCUCCAGCGUCUGCCCCAGCACUCAGUGAUCAUGUAGAACUACCAAGUGCCCCACAUCCGUCGAGAUCUGCACGACCAUCUGGAAAUCAUUCUCCAUCUCAUGCAAAUUGUGAAACCUCUUCUCCAACCCCUUCAAUGGUUCCUCUACAUGCCCCUCGUGAACAUUCAAUACCUCCAAUCUCCUAUCCAAAGUCUACAAGACUGAUCGUUCCUCCAGCUAAUAAACCUUGGGUUUCUUCUCCACGUGCAUCUCCAAUAGCAUUUUCACCGCUUUUGCCCCCUGAUCUGUUACCUAAACCCAAGCUUUCUUUUCGCUCGAAACCAGGGCAGAGAAAGGAAGAUUCUUCACAUCCAGAUCAUGAUUAAAAAAAUCAAGGGUUCGGCUGCUCUCUCCUACAAUCUUGACAUUUACAUCUAUCGCCUACAUAAUCAUCACACAGUCGUCUGAAGAAUACGAGCGGAUUGGAAACUCAUUUUUGGUUCUACUACCUCUGCAAACAAGGGUAAUAACAAACAGGUCUUUUUCUCACCCCUCAAAACAAAAACAAAGAAAGUCAGUAUAGAGUCUGAAGAAGAAGAAGAAGACAGAAGUACAUAGGAAAUAGGGAUGUUGUUUUCCAAAGGGAUCCAACUCCUCCUUUUUAGUAAAUAUAAUUAUGAAAUGAGAGAUUGAAAUUGCAGACCUCAAAAGGAACUAUAUAGUGUGAUAUUUUCUCUUAGUUAAUUCAGGUGUAAGCUGUACAGUCCUGAAAAAAGGUUCCUUUUGACUGUCUGCAAUUUUGCUAGUUACAUUACAAGAAAGAAAUUGAAUAAGGAAGCAAAAUGCUUGUUACAUUCAUUAGUACAAUA